GCGUGCGCAGCCCCGCCUCCCGCCGUGUUGUCUGACCGGAGGAUGAGGAGUCUUUAGGAGGCUAACAGCUAACGUCACGGAGCGGCGGCACCGGGCUCGUUUCUCUCGUUCCUUCAUGUUCUGACGUCGUCCAGCGGAGCCUUCGCCGUCACAAACCGGACCGGACUUCACAUGUCCGCGGCUGUGCGCUGCCGGCGGCCCGGGUAGCUCUGCCGGGAGAUGCGGCAGCAGCUAGCAGCUAGCCGUUAGCCCCGCAGCUGUUAUGUAAGAGCGGAGCGACUAGCCGCGCAGCUAACGUUAGCCGCCGCCAUGAAUGACGCGCAGCAAGAAAUGUCUCCGGACUUCGUGCUCAUGCGGCUCGUGUCUGCCGCGGAGUACGACCGGCUGGACGACCCCGACGACCUGAUGUCCGGGGGCGGCGGGUUCGGCCCCGUCAAAGCCGUGCUGGGCCGCCGCGGCGGCGGGUUCGAUGUGGACUCUGGCGGCCCUUCGGCAGGCCUCGGCUCGGCUUCCCCGCAUUACAGCUCCCCGCUGCCCGGGAAAGGAGAGCUGAGCGGCGGGCUGGGGCUGACGCACGCCCCGUCAGGCUCCGAGGCGCCGUUGUCGCCCCCUCCGUCCGAGGACUUUGUGGACUUCCCGGUGCCGCGCGGGCACGGCUCUGCGGGGCACGGAGCGCAGCUAAUGGUGCUCCAGAACUUGCUGCGGUCCGGAGACCGGAUCCUGGAGUGCGGGCUGGAGCAGCCGCCCCCUGGCUUCCUGCAGGAGGAGGCAGAGCGACAGAGACAGCAGCUGGACCCGGUGCCGGGCACGGGUCCUGGCAGCGCGACACCGGGUCCCGGGGGAGGAAAGGACCAGAACCCCCCUGCGCAGGAAAACCUGCAGCCGCAGCAGCUGUUGCAAUGGCACCCGGUCCUGAGGCUGGGCUCCCAGGCCCCCCAGCGGGGCGUCCCGGCUCUGGACUCGGAGUCCGGGUCAGUCCUGUGCCACACACACCACCUGCUGACAGACCGGCUGGCUAAGUGGCCCCCGGGCCUGCUGGACCAAGCCCUGCGGGCGGGGCUGCUGGAGCCCAGGAAGACCUGCCCCCCCAGGUGUCAAGACCCGGUCCUGGCUCCGGCGCAGAGGCCAGUACACCCGGGCGAGGUGAGGGAAGGAAGUGGCGGGCAGGAACUGGUGCUCUCGCUUCCUCGCUGUUCCUGCCAUGGCGUUCUGGCCUCGGGGUCCGGGGGCAUCGGGCCUGGCGAGGACCCCAGCGAGACGAGCGACGCCCUGCUGGUCCUGGAGGGUCUGGGGUCAGAGGAGGUGGGGGGACUCGCGGCAGAGUCCGGGGAUGCGGAGGGGGAGGACACAGAGAAAACAGAGCGGGUGGUGGGUGCAGGGACGCCUGGGGGGGCGGGGACUGUGUUCUCCAGUGGGACUCUCAGCGGGCUGAUGCGGCAGGUGCACAGACUGGCAGAGGAGGCGGGGGUGUGCACAGAUCAGAGCUGCCGGUCCUCACUCGCCGUUCUCGGCGCCACCGUGUCCCUCCCCUCCUGCAUGGACCCCCAGCCCCUCAUCGGCAGCACCGCCACCCCCUGCCCGUACCUGCCUGUCCGCCUGCCACUCUCCCAGGCUGCUGCGGCGCUCCCCGACCCCCUCCCAUCCUCUGACCCUCGCCCACAGCAUCAGCACCAGUCGCGCUCCCAGCCCCAGAGCCGUGCCGCUACCCCCAAACUGGGUGUGGCUUCUGGGGGAGCGGGUCGGUCAGCCUCCCCUCUGGUGGUCCUGGAGGGGGAAGGGGGUGCAAGAGGAAGGGAGGGGGAGAAGAUGCCCCGGGGGAAGUCGAGGAAGGGGGGGUCGCUGAAGGUCCGGCUCAGCAAGCUAUUCAGAACCAAGAGCUCGAGUGGCGGCUCGGGGGGGCUGCUGGACAAGAGGCCGUCCCUAGCGUCGUCCACGUCGUCGGGGGGCAGCCUGUUGGACGUGUGGGGGUCCACCUGCAGCAACCCAGACCAGGACGGCAGGCUGCAGGUAUCCAGACCUCACAGUGCCUUCUCUCCGGUGCCCUUCACCCCGGCUUUCACCGGUGAGACGGUCUCUCUGGUCGAUGUGGAUAUUUCUCGGAGGGGGGGGAACUCUCUCCACCCCCCCACUCCUCCUCCCCCUCCCAGACGGAGCCUCAGUCUGCUUGGUACUUCCUCCUUCUUUCUGCUUCCUUGCGGCUGGUACUGGGGGCCGAUGAACUGGGAGGACGCCGAGAUGAAGCUGAAGGGGAAACCGGACGGCUCGUUUCUGGUGCGGGACAGCUCGGACCCGCGCUACAUCCUGAGUCUGAGCUUCAGGUCGCAGGGAAUCACACACCACACACGCAUGGAGCACUACAGAGGGACGUUCAGCCUGUGGUGUCACCCGAAGUUUGAGGACCGCUGUCACUCGGUGGUGGAGUUCAUCGAGCGAGCCAUCAUGCACUCCAAGAACGGAAAGUUCCUGUACUUCCUGCGCUCGCGAGUCCCAGGUCUGCCGCCGACCCCCGUCCAGCUCCUGUACCCGGUCUCCAGGUUCAGCAGCGUGAAGUCUCUGCAGCAUCUCUGUCGCUUCUGCAUCCGACAGCUGGUCCGGAUCGACCACAUCCAGGAGCUGCCGCUGCCCACGCCUCUGAUCGCCUACCUGAGGAAGUUUUAUUACUACGACCCCGAAGAGGAGAUCAGCCCCACGCUGAAGGAGGACAAGGAGCAGAAGGAGCGGGGGACGGAGGGCGGCGGCCAGCCGGGGGUCGAGUCACAAACGUAGCACCGGAGCCCGAAGCCGGCUUCUUUCCUUUUCUUUGUUUCUCGGACUCGAACACUGAAGGAUGUUCAAAAAUCAAGCUGAACUCUCAGACUUCAGCCAAUCGGCUCCCUCCGCUCAGUCCCGUAUCCGGGCGGGUUUCAGAUGAUCCACCCUCCUUUGAGCUCUCCGAUCGGCUCGCGGGGAGUCGACAGGGGAGGGGCCGGGGAUGUGGAGACUCCGCCUCUCUUUUGAUGUCAUCGCUGAGCAGCCAGACGGCGAUGUUAGCUAAAAUCAGUAAAGGAGAAAGGAGCUGAGAAAGUGUCGGUCGCCUCCGGGGUCCUCUGACGGUACGAGAGGGUCUCUGAUCCCGAGAGCAGAAGGCGGUACAGAUUUAUCCCAGCUCAGAGCUCGGCGCAGCGUGAGAGGGUCGGAUGCACGAAAAGGUCUUUAAACGAAUAAAACAUCACAGAAAUAAACAAAUGAUUGUACG